AUGGGGCUGCUGGUGGGCUACUUGGGAGGUGGAGGAAGCAAUUGCCACAAAAUCACUGCCCCCAGUCUGGGCAAGGGGCACUUGGUGAACCUGCUGCCUCCAGAGCACCUUCCCUGGUGUGGAGGCAGCCAGGGACCCAGGAUGCUCCGGACCUGUUACCCGCUCUGUUCCCAAGCUGGUCCCCUGGCGAGAGGCUGGCAGCCCCUGAGCUUUGAUGGUGGUGCCUUCCACCUCAAGGGCACAGGAGAGCUGACACGGGCCUUGCUGGUUCUCCGGCUGUGUGCCUGGCCCCCACUCGUCACUCACGGGCUGGCGCUCCAGGCCUGGUCUCAGCGACUCCUGGGCUCCCGGCUCUCAGGUGCGUUUCUCCGAGCAUCUGUCUAUGGGCAGUUUGUGGCUGGUGAGACGGCAGAGGAGGUGAGGGGCUGCGUGCAGCAGCUGCGGACCCUCAGCCUCCGACCACUGCUGGCAGUGCCCACUGAGGAGGAGCCGGACUCUGCUGCCAAGAGCGGUGAGGCCUGGUAUGAGGGGAACCUCGGCGCUAUGCUGCGGUGUGUGGACCUGUCGCGGGACCUCCUGGAGCCCCCCAGCCUGGCUGAGGCCAGCCUCAUGCAGCUGAAGGUGACGGCGCUGACCAGCGCUCGGCUCUGUAAGGAGCUAGCCUCAUGGGUCAGAAGGCCAGGAGCCUCCUUGGAGCUGAGCCCCGAGAGGCUGGCUGAAGCCAUGGACUCUGGGCAGAACCUCCAGGUCUCCUGCCUCAACGAUGAGCAGAACCAGCACCUCCAGGCCUCCCUCAGUCGCUUGCAUCGGGUGGCCCAGUAUGCCCGGGCCCAGCACGUGCGGCUCCUGGUGGAUGCGGAGUAUACCUCACUGAACCCUGCGCUCUCGCUGCUGGUGGCUGCCCUGGCCGUGCGCUGGAACAGCCCAGGGGAAGGCGGGCCCUGGGUGUGGAACACCUACCAGGCCUGUCUAAAGGACACAUUCGAGCGGCUGGGGAGGGACGCAGAGGCUGCACACAGGGCCGGCCUGGCCUUCGGAGUGAAGCUGGUACGAGGUGCCUAUCUGGACAAGGAGAGAGCGGUGGCCCAGCUUCAUGGGAUGAAGGACCCCACUCAGCCUGACUAUGAGGCCACCAGUCAGAGGUACAUGUGGGAGCUGGGCAUUCCUCUGGACGGGACUGUCUGUUUCGGACAACUUCUGGGCAUGUGUGACCACGUCUCUCUGGCACUGGGGCAGGCCGGCUAUGUAGUGUAUAAGUCCAUCCCCUAUGGCUCCUUGGAGGAGGUAAUCCCCUACCUGAUCCGGAGGGCCCAGGAAAACCGGAGCGUGCUUCAGGGUGUCCGCAGGGAACAGGAGCUGCUCAGCCAAGAACUGUGGCGGCGGCUGCUGCCAGGACGCCGAAGGAUACCCCACUAGCACCCCUGAGGGGGUCAUGUGGUCAAUAAAGGUCCUUAGGCACUGCCAAA